ACACCUGCUAGUUACAAACGGGAAAUGGAGAGUCAAUGACAUGCUACCGGCCGUUGGUCUGUCCGGGACACGGAAGGAGGUUUUAUCAGCUGAACCACAGAAAGCUUUGCAUCAUGGCCAGGUAGCUGCACGCUGAGCGAUGGGGGUUUUCAGGCAGCUCUUCCUCCUGCUCUGGAAGAACAUCACAUACCGCAGGAGGAACAAGAUCCAGCUGAUCAUCGAACUCCUCUGGCCGCUCUUCCUCUUUGUCAUCCUCAUCUCUGUCCGUCACUCGCACCCUCCUUACAAACAGAGUCAAUGCCACUUUCCAAACAAAGCCUUGCCAUCGGCGGGCACCCUGCCCUGGAUUCAGGGCAUAAUCUGCAACAUCAACAACCCCUGCUUCCACAGCCCGACUCCGGGAGAGACGGCCGGCCAAGUUGGCAACUUUGACAACUCCAUACUCUCUCGCCUCUUCGUGGACGCUCAGACCGUUCUCUCCUACAGUGGGAACCAGAGUUUUUCCGGCUUCCAGGACCUGAUCGAGAGCGUCCGAGUGCUGGGAGAGCGACCUGGAGCCUGGCCAAAUCUCCCGGUAGAGGAUUACCUGAGACCCAACGAGACGUUCUCCUCCUUCCUUCAGACCAACAGCACCCUGCCUCCUGAAACCGUGGACCAGCUGCUGAAGGCCCGUCUUAAUUUUCAGGUUGCCACGGCUGGAGCUCAGCUGCAGCUGAAGGACCUGGUGUGCAAUGCCAGCAUGCUGAGACAGUUCCUGACGGUGGACGGAGGAGAAGCAGCGAUGAACAGACUUCAGACUCGGCUGUGUGACGUGCCGGCUGAUAUCCUGCAGGAGGUGGAACGGCGUUUCCUCACUCAGCUCGACUUCAGCAAGCUGUUCUCGAGAGACCGUCUGAUGGCUAACGCUGCAGAUCUGAGAGUCAUCAGUCAGGCUGCUACCUCAGUCUCCCAGGAGCUGGCUGCCCUGAUCGACAGUUUCUCCUCGCUCUCCAGCUUCGAGGAUAUGAGCGAGGCUCUUCGACUUCUCUCCCCGGAGAAUCGCUCUACGGCGCCCAGGGAGAGUUUCCGUGCCUUUUCUAGGAUCAUGUGCGGACACCCCGAGGUCGGCGGUGAGCGGAUCCCAUCACUCAACUGGUACGAAGACAACGACAUCAAGUCCUUCUUGGGGAAAAAUGGUACUGAAGACACCGACCUGGACCGGGACAACAACACCACUCCCUUCUGUAAGAGUUUGAUCCAAGGUCUGGAGUCCAACCCUUUGUCUCGCAUCGUGUGGAGAGGAAUAAAACCUCUGUUCAUCGGAAAGCUGCUGUACACACCAGAUACUCCAACGGUCCGACAAGUCAUGAAAGAGGUGAACAAGACGUUUGAGGACCUGCUGAUCCUCCAGGAGCUGAACGAUGCCUGGAUGGAGGUGGGACCUCGAAUCAAGAAUUACAUGGAGACCAGUGUGGAGAUUCAGCUGCUGCAGGACUUGUUGAAGAGGCCAGAGGUGGCAGUGCUGGUCAACCUGCGUCUGGAGAACUCGUCCUGGACGGCCUCACGGAUUGCACGUUUCCUGUCCACACCCUCACCGGAUGUCCCAAGGAAACCCGGAGCAGCUCCUACAUGGCUGGAUGUCUACAACAACGUUGGGCACACUAUCACCACUCUGGCACAAGUCACUGAGUGUUUCUCUCUGAACAAGCUGGAAGGCUUGCAGACGGAGGGCGAGAUGAUCAGCAGGGCUCUGGAGCUGCUGGAGGACAGACAGUUUUGGGCGGGCGUGGUGUUCAUGCUGCCCAACUCCUCCUCCCCCGACCUCCCGCCGCACGUCACAUACAAAAUCCGAAUGGACAUCGAUGAUGUGGCUCGGACCAACAAGAUCAAGGACAGGUUUUGGGAUCCUGGCCCCGCAGCAGACCCGUUCAGCGACAUGCGCUACAUCUGGGGCGGCUUCGUGUACGUCCAGGACCUGGUGGAGAGAGCUGUGAACCGCAUUCUGACAGGAGUCAAACAAACAACCGGCAUCUACGUCCAGCAGAUGCCUUACCCCUGCUAUGUGGAUGAUGUUUUUCUCAGAGUCCUGAACCGCUCUCUGCCUCUCUUCAUGACCCUGGCCUGGAUCUACUCGGUGGCCAUGAUCAUCAAAGGGAUAGUCUACGAGAAGGAGGCCCGGCUGAAGGAAACCAUGAGGAUUAUGGGUCUGGGAACGGGAACACUUUGGCUCAGCUGGUUCAUCAGCAGCAUCGUUCCUUUCAUGGUGUCUGCAGGUCUCCUCAUCGCUCUGCUCAAGUGGGGUGAUAUCCUUCCUUACAGCGACCCCUCUGUCGUCUUCUUCUUCUUGAUGGCGUUUGCGACGGCCACCAUCAUGCAGUGUUUCCUCAUCAGCACCUUCUUCUCCAAAGCCAACCUCGCUGCUGCUUGUGGAGGGCUCAUAUACUUCGGCCUCUACCUGCCUUAUGUGCUCUGUGUGGCGUGGAGAGAUCACCUCAGAACCACGCACAGAGUCUUUGCUAGUUUCUUGUCCCCUGUGGCCUUCGGUUUCGGCUGUGAGUAUUUCUCUCAGUAUGAGGAGCAAGGUGUGGGCAUUCAGUGGAACAACCUUCAGUCCAGCCCUGUGGAAGGAGACUCGUACAGCUUCACUACCUCUAUCAGCAUGCUCUACGUGGACGCCUUCAUCUAUGCCCUCGCAGCCUGGUAUAUCGAAGCAGUGUUUCCUGGUGAAUUCGGGGUUCCCCGGCCCUGGUACUUUAUCUUCCAGCUGAAUUAUUGGGGAGGAAUUCCUCUGGAGGCAGGCAUGCCGAUCCCCCCCGCACCGACAGAACAGGACGAAGAUCACAUCGAACCAGAACCAAAUAACCUGAAUCUGGGGGUGAGCAUCCGAAACCUGGUGAAGAUCUACAAGAAGGGAGCCAAACUGGCCGUCAACCACCUCAAUCUGAAGUUCUACGAGGGCCAGAUCACCUCCUUCCUCGGACACAACGGGGCCGGAAAAACUACAACCAUAUCCGUCCUGACCGGCCUGUUCCCACCAACCUCGGGCACUGUGUACAUAAAGGGCAUGGACAUCCGGCACGAUAUGGACAUCAUCAGGAGGACGCUUGGAGUCUGUCCUCAACACAAUGUCCUCUUUGACAUCCUAACUGUGGAGGAGCACGUGUGGUUCUAUGGCUGCAUGAAGGGUUUGUCAGAAGCAGAGGUGAGAGCUGAGCUGGACACUCUGCUGGAUGAUGUCGGUCUGCUGCAAAAACGCCACGAACAGACUAAAAACCUCUCUGGUGGCAUGCGGAGGAAGCUGUCUGUGGCGAUCGCGUUCGUCGGAGGCUCUAAGGUGGUUGUUUUGGAUGAACCAACAGCCGGUGUGGAUCCUUACUCUCGCAGAGGAAUCUGGGAUCUGCUGCUCAAGUACCGCAAAGAUCGGACCAUCAUACUGUCGACUCACUACAUGGACGAGGCUGAGCUCCUCGGAGACCGGAUCGCCAUCAUCUCCCAGGGGAAGCUGUGCUGCUGUGGCUCACCACUCUUCUUGAAAUCCCGCCUUGGAUCCGGAUACUACCUCACCGUGGUGAAGAGGGAGGGACUGGACACCAGCACCCUCAGCAGCACCAGUAUCUGCACCAGUACCAGCGUCAGCACCAACAAACUGCCUCCUCUCAAGGACAGCGAAUCAUCCAUGAGCGAGGACACCGGGUUAGGAAGUGAGGAGAGCAGCUUAUACCUGGCGGCGUUACUCUCCCUGGUGCAGCACCACAUCCCCGGUGCGAGGCUGGUGGAGGAGUCGGCGCGUGAGGCCGUGAUAAACCUGCCGCAGGGCUCUGCCAAGGACAGCAGCCUGGGGGUCUUCCUGUCGGAGCUGGACCAGAGGCUGAACGAGCUCGGCAUCAGCAGCUACGGCCUGUCGGACAGCACACUGGAGGAGAUCUUUCUGCGGAUGGCGGAGGAAACCGGUGUGGACGCUGAUCCAGACCUGCAGGCUGAGUCUCCUCUCAGGCCGCAGGCAGCAGCCGGACCGAGUGCAGAGAGGCAGAAUGCUGAAGAACCAGAGACCGAACCUCAGGAGACCGACCUGCUGAGUGGAGACGGCCGAGGUGGGAUCCCCCUGACCGGCUGGUGGCUGACCUGGCAGCAGCUGAAGGCGCUCUUCAUCAAACGUUGGCUGUAUGCUCGCCGGAGCCGCCGGGGCCUCUUUGCUCAGAUUGUUCUGCCUGCUGUGUUCGUGCUGAUUGCUCUGCUCUUCAGCCUCAUCGUUCCUCCCUUUGGGAAGUAUCCGGCCCUGCAGCUGCAGCCCUGGAUGUACGGAGAACAGUUCACCUUCUUCAGCAAUGAUGCUCUGGGAAACACAGCCAUGGACAAUCUUCUGGAGGCUUUGCUGGACCAGCCGGGGUUUGGUACAAAGUGCAUGGAGAAAGAGGAAGAAGAAAACAGCACGAGUUCUCAGUGUGAAGACGAGCGGGCGGGUCCUUUCAUGAGACCGCAGGUUGAGUUCUCCACCUGGCAAAUGUACAGCAGAGGAAACUGGAGCAGAGACAGACCAUCACCGGAGUGUCAGUGCAGCACGGAGGACGUCCGCAGGAUGCUUCCUGACUGUCCGCGGGGGGCCGGGGGUAUACCGCCUCCACAGAUCAAGAGGCUGACCGGAGACGUCCUUCAAAACCUGACAAGUUAUAAUAUAAGUGAUUAUCUGGUCAAAACCUACUCUCAGAUCCUCAAGAAAAGCCUGAAAACCAAGAAGUGGGUGAAUGAGUUCAGAUAUGGAGGAUUCUCUCUCGGAGGCAGCGCCACACAGACUUUAUCUCAGGUCAACCACGUCCAAGACUCGGUCAUGGCAAUCAGAACUCGAUACAGAGUACCUCAGAACACUUCACUGGAUCACCUGCUGAAAAGACUGCCGGGUUUCCUGGGAGGACUGAACAGUCAAGAUAACGUUAAGGUGUGGUACAACAACAAAGGAUGGCACGCCAUGGUGUCAUUUGUCAACGUGAUAAAUAACGGCCUGCUGAGGGCGAACCUGCCGCCCGGUCCUGAGAGGCAGAGACACGGCAUCACUGCCUACAAUCAUCCACUCAACCUCACCAAGGAGCAACUCACAGAGAUGGCCAUGAUGACCACCUCCGUGGAUGUCCUGGUCUCCAUCUGCGUGAUCUUUGCCAUGUCCUUCGUGCCGGCCAGCUUCGUUCUUUUCCUGAUCGAGGAGCGAGUCAGCAAAGCCAAACACCUGCAGUUUGUCAGCGGAGUCAGACCUGUUCUCUACUGGCUCGCAAACUUCACCUGGGACAUGUUGAACUACACCGUCCCAGCCACCAUGGUGGUGCUGAUCUUCAUCUGUUUCCAGCAGCAGUCCUACGUCUCAGAGACCAACCUGCCCGCCCUCAUCCUGCUCCUCCUGCUCUACGGGUGGUCCAUCACCCCUCUGAUGUACCCAGCAUCCUUUUUGUUCAGCGUCCCCAGCACAGCCUACGUGGUCCUGACCUCCAUCAACCUCUUCAUCGGGAUCAACGGCAGCAUCGCCACCUUCGUACUGGAGCUGUUUGUGGACGAGCACCUGAACGAGGUGAACAGGAUCCUGAAGAAGGUGUUUCUGAUCUUCCCUCACUUCUGCCUGGGGAGAGGACUCAUCGACAUGGCCAAAAACCAGGCCAUGGCAGACGCCUUCCAAAGACUGGGCACGAAGCAGACUCUGGACCCUCUUCAGUGGGAUUUUGUGGGGAAGAACUUGUUUGCGAUGGCGGCUGAAGGCAUCAUCUUCUUCAUCUUCACCAUACUGCUGCAGUACAAGUUCUUCAUCAACUUCAAGCCGUGGUGGGUGGAGCCUGAGAUUCCUCCUCUUGGUCCAGAAGAUCAGGAUGUGGCUCGGGAGAGAGAGAGGGUCAAAAGCGGCAAAGCCCAAUCAGACAUCCUCACAAUGAUCGACCUGAGCAAGGUUUACAAAGCGGGCAGGAAGCCGGCGGUGAACCGUCUCUGCCUCGGGAUUCCCCGCGGAGAGUGUUUCGGUCUGCUGGGGGUGAACGGAGCAGGGAAGACCUCCACCUUUCGCAUGCUGACCGGAGACACAGCUGUCACCUACGGAGAGGCUUUCCUCAACCACUACAGUGUGCUCACAGACAUGGAACGAGUCCAUCAGCUGAUGGGUUACUGCCCGCAGUUUGACGCCAUCAGUGACCUCCUGACGGGUCGGGAACAUCUGGAGCUGUACGCCCGCCUCAGAGGGGUGCAGGAGGAGUCUGUCACAAAGGUGGCGCAGUGGGGGGUGAAGAAGCUGGGGCUGACUCAGUACGCAGAGCGGGAGGCUGGAGGCUACAGCGGAGGCAACAAGAGGAAACUCUCCACCGCCAUCUCUCUCAUCGGAGCUCCGCCUGUUAUCUUCCUGGAUGAGCCCACCACAGGCAUGGACCCGAAGGCCAAAAGGUUUCUGUGGAACUGCAUCCUGAGUGUCACCAAAGAGGGACGAGCCGUAGUCCUCACUUCUCACAGUAUGGAGGAAUGUGAAGCUCUCUGCACCAGAAUGGCCAUCAUGGUGAAUGGAAGAUUCCAGUGUCUCGGAUCUGUGCAACACCUGAAGAACAGGUUUGGUGACGGCUACACCAUCAUCCUCCGUCUGCAGGACGGUAAAUCUGACCCGGACUCGUGUCCCGUUGACGCCUACAUGAGGAAAGCUUUUCCCAGCGCUGAGCUGAAGGAGCGCCAUCAGAACGUGCUUCAGUACCAGCUCCCCUCACACGCCUGCUGCCUGGCUCGAGUCUUUGAUGUGCUCGCCAACAACCACGACGAGCUCGGCGUCCUCGACUAUUCCAUUUCACAGACCACGCUGGACCAGGUGUUUGUCAACUUUGCCAAGGAGCAAACGGAUGACGGCUGCCUCACAGAUGUGGUCGUUGAUAACAGCCCAAUCCAGACUGACCGGACUGUGCAGCCCUCCAGGAUCACCACCCCCACCAUCCAACCACAGCCGCCGAUCACGCCCCCUCAGCCGAGCAAGAAGCCACAAAAACAAGCGAAAUCCUCUGAGAGCAAACAGAAAGAGAGCAAAUCUAAAAAAGCUAAAGCUACCAAGUCCAAAACUAAAGAAGGAAAAGCUAACGGGGAAAAAAGCAGCGGCACGGCCAUGACCAGAAUACCUCACACGAGCCGGAGCGGCAGCAUUGACUCGAACAGCAGUAACGGGGACAUCCUGGGAGAAUCCAGUAAAUCCAGUAGAUCCAAACACAGAGCAGAGAGCUCCUCUAAAGACCCCACUGAACUCUUUAUCGUGGACCGCAACAUGCAGGACAGCUCCAUGUGAAGCGGGAGAGAAGAGGAAGCAGGUUUAAACGACCAACUACUGUCUGAGGGAUUGUAUCACACACUGUACAAUCACACAGAUGCUGUGAGCAGUGAGAGCUAACAGGACGAAUCACCAGAGUAAGAAGAGAUGGACUGAGAGAGUAUUACUGAUCAAACUGAGUCAUUGGAGGUGAAGACAGAACCUAAAGUUAUGCUUCUUGAUACGGCUUUGGUGCCUUGUUCACCUCGCUAACAGAUCUGUAGCUUUACGCCCCUUUUUAUCCCGGGUCAUGUUACACUGUGUGUUCCCCUUCUGUCAUCUCAGUCCUCCAGAGUCGUGGUUUAUUUUGUUCUGCGAGAAUAUUAUGCAAGGCUCAGUGUGAUUUAAAAAAAACAAACAGACAAAGAAGAUUUGGUGUUCCUCAGGGCUCAAUCUUUAGACCUCUGACAAUCUCGUGUUUAUUUAGCAGAAAGCACUUUAAAAGGAAAAUGCUGCAAACUCUCAUGUUCCAGAAAUACAUUUUAUAUAUCAAAGAGCAUUUGUGAGGCUGUUAUAAUCCAGAGCUCUGUAUGGAGAGAGCUCUUACUGCAUGUGUGUUGUUAAAUACCUCUAAGUGUUUAUUAAUGAACGUGUAUGAUUGUUUUCUUAAUCAAGAAGUUACUGAAAGAA